AUGUUUAUGGAAGAUCUUGGAAAUACUGCAAUUCAACAAAUUGAUGAAAGAUUAGCAGUAAUACCUCAUUUUCAAAAACUUACACAAUUUCCUGAAGGACUUAAAACUCUAAAACUUUAUACAGCAGAUCAUUAUAGGACUUUAAUGAAAUUAAUG